CUGGUUUCCAGCUCUGUGACAUCACACACAGCUUCCUGCCUAUCUGCCAGCUGCAGGAAACAGCCCUGAGCGGUGACCUGGGCUCAAAUUCAAGAUCAGUUCAUUCAACACAGCAUCUCUGCAGAAAAAGACUUCAACUCCUUGCCAUGGCAGCCCACAAAAACCUGGCUUCAAAGAUCCUCUGCUUCUGCUGCAGGGACUGUGAGCAGCCCCAAAGCAUUGAGGAUCCCAAGGUUCCCAGUGAAACCCAGGAGAAGCAGCCAUUGAACAACAGUCUGCAGCUUCAGAAGGAAGAGCUCGACAGACAAAAUUCCAAGCACACUGACACCAGAUGCCUGAUGUACCCAGCCAAGAGCACAUCCUCCAGCAUCAGCGAGCUUCCGGAUCUCAAUGCAGAAGUUUCCCAAGGAAGAUUUUACAAGAGAAAUUUAAACCGCUACUAUCAGGAGCACUGGCCCUUCCAGCCCUGCCUCAUCGGGAGACCCUGAGCUUUCUAGUCAGGGGCACCCACGCAGGUCUCCGGCUGCACAACUGCAGAGGGUCUCCACGAGGAAGAGGACAGUGCGCAGGAGUCAUGAAGACUGAUUCAAAAACUCCCUACAGGAGAAGAUGAUGUUGGAGCCAUUCCUGUGUCACCUUGUAGACCCCUUCAGCUCCUGACACAGCCAGGGCAGGAGGAGCUGCCUCCAAUUAAAG